GCCUUGUGUUUCAAACGCGCCGCCAUUCCCUCUGUAUUCUAAACGUGACCGGCCGGCGAAGUUUUCUCUCGAAAUACGCUUGGGAAAACUUACUUUGCUUAUACACACCGGGCAAGAUGGAUCUCAUCACGAUUUUGGAGAAGACCGUCUCGCCGGACAAGGCUGAGCUGGAGGCGGCGCAGAGCUACUUGGAGCAGGCCGCACAGCAGAACCUCCCCGAGUUCCUCAAGGGCCUGUCGGAGGUGCUCAAGCACGGCGGAAACUCACCCGUCGCGCGCAUGGCCGCCGGCCUGCAGCUGAAGAACAAUCUGACGUCGAAGGACGCCGCCGUGAAGCUGCAGUACCAGCAGCGGUGGCUGUCGUUCGCCGAGGACGUGCGCGCCUACGUGAAGGCGAACGUGCUCGCGACGCUCGGCACGGAGACUACGCGGCCCAGCUCGGCGGCGCAGUGCGUCGCCUACAUCGGCGGCAUCGAGAUUGCGCACGCGCAGUGGGUCGACGUGAUCGGCGUCAUGACGGCGAACAUCACGAACCCAACGAGCACGGAGAUGAUGAAGGAGGCGACGCUCGAGGCGAUCGGCUACCUGUGCCAGGAGAUCGAGCCCGACCACCUCGCGACGCAGUCGAACGAGAUCCUAACGGCGAUCGUGCACGGCAUGAAGAAGGAGGAGCCCAGCAACCACGUGAAGCUCGCCGCGACGACGGCGCUGCUCAACUCGCUCGAGUUCACGAAGGCGAACUUCGAGAAGGACUCCGAGCGCCACUUCAUCAUGCAGGUCGUCUGCGAGGCGACGCAGUCGGACGACACGCCGGUGAAGGUCGCCGCUCUGCAGUGCCUCGUCAAGAUCAUGUCGCUCUACUACCAGUUCAUGGAGCACUACAUGGGCCCGGCGUUGUUCGCGAUCACGAUGGAAGCGAUGAAGUCGGACGUCGAUGAGGUGGCGCUGCAGGGCAUCGAGUUCUGGUCGAACGUCUGCGACGAGGAGGUGGACCUCGCGAUCGAGGCGUCGGAGGCGGCGGACCAGGGCCGGCCGCCCGAGCACACGUCGCGCUUCUACGCGAAGGGGGCGCUGCAGUACCUCGUGCCGAUCCUGCUCGAGAAGCUGACGAAGCAGGAGGAGUACGACGACGACGAGGAGUGGAACCCGUGCAAGGCCGCCGGCGUCUGCCUCAUGCUGAUGGCGACGUGCUGCGAGGACGACAUCGUGCACCACGUGCUGCCGUUCGUGCAGGAGCACAUCAAGAACGCGGACUGGCGCUUCCGCGACGCCGCCAUCAUGGCGUUCGGCUCGAUCCUCGAGGGUCCCGACCCCGCGCAGCUGCGGCCGAUCGCCGAGAAGGCGGUGCCGGCGCUCAUCGAGCUGCUGCGCGACGCGAGCGUGGUCGUGCGUGACACGACGGCGUGGACGGUCAGCCGCGUCUGCGAGCUGCUGCCGGACGCCGUCGUCACGGAGGAGUACCUGAACCCGCUGCUGCGCGCGCUCGUCGACGGCCUCGGCGCCGAGCCGCGUGUCGCCGCCAACGUCUGCUGGGCGUUCUCGAGCCUCGCCGAGGCGGCGUACGAGUCGGCGGACGCGGCGAGCGACGACGCCGAGCCAACGACGUACGCGCUGUCGGCCUACUUCGAGCCGAUCGUGCAGAAGCUGCUGGAGACGACCGACCGCACGGACGGGCAGCAGAGCAACCUGCGCAGCGCCGCCUACGAGGCGCUCAUGGAGAUGGUGAAGAACAGCCCGAAGGACUGCUACGUCACCGUGCAGAAGACGAUCAUGAUCAUCAUGGAGCGGCUGAACAAGGUGCUGUCGCUCGAGGCGCACAUCCACAGCCAGUCGGACCGCAGCCAGUACAUCGACAUCCAGUCGCUGCUGUGCGCGUCGCUGCAGAGCCUGCUCCGCAAGGUGGCCCCGGAGGACGCACCGAAGAUCUCCGACAUGGUGAUGACGGCGCUGCUGCAGAUGUUCAACAGUUCUGGCGGCAAGUCGGGCGGCAUGCAGGAGGACGCGCUGAUGGCGGUCGCGACGCUCGCCGAGGUGCUCGGCGACGGCUUCCUCAAGUACAUGGAGGCAUUCAAGCCGUUCCUCGCUGUCGGCCUGAAGAACCACGCCGAGCACCAGGUGUGCCUCGCCGCCGUCGGCCUCGUCGGAGACGUGUGCCGCGCGCUCGGCGCGCGCGUGCUGCCGUUCUGCGACGAGAUAAUGACGCUGCUGCUCGAGAACCUGGGCGACGAGCACGUGCACCGCGCCGUCAAGCCGCAGAUCCUCUCCGUGUUCGGCGACGUGGCGCUCGCGAUCGGGCCCGAGUUCCGCAAGUACGUCGACGUCGUGCUCGGCACGCUGCAGCAGGCGUCGCGCGCGCAGGUCGACAAGUCCGACUACGACAUGGUUGACUACCUCAACGAGCUGCGCGAGGGCUGCCUCGAGGCGUACACGGGCAUCGUGCAGGGCCUGAAGGGCGACGGCGAGCCCGCGGGUGCUGACGUGCAGCUUGUGCAGCCGCACGUCGUGCACAUGGUCAACUUCGUCGAGUCGAUCGCGAACGACCCCGACCACUCGGAUGGCAACGUCGCGGCGGCGGCGGGCCUCAUCGGCGACCUCUGCUCGGUGUUCUCCGUCGCCAUGGUGCCGCUCGUCGACAAGGAGAGCAUCGCGGCGCUGCUGACGACCGGCCGCCGCUCGAAGACGAACAAGACGAAGACGCUCGCGAUGUGGGCGACGAAGGAGAUCCGCAAGCUGAAGAGCGAGACCGCCGCUUGAAGGGGGCGCCGCAGUCGUUACUCGGCGGCGGCGGCGGCGUCGCCGCACGCGCGCGAGAGAAAGCGUCCCACAUCCCGAUGCCAGCACGGCGGUUGACGCAGGGCACCGGCCCCCCGAUCGGGGCGGGCGAGAGGGAGCCCAGCUGGCUGUGUGGCAGUGUGCGUAAGAGAGGAGUGAAGUGAGGAGUGGUGUGUGAGCGUGCGAGAGAGUUGUCAUCACAACAUCCCCCCCUAGAACGACUGCGCAUCGGUGGCGAGAGAGUGCCGGCCACCGCGAUCGCAGAGACAAGACGAGCCCACGGACAUUUUCAACUCCAAUGAACCACAGUGCCUUUACCCGUCGAAGCCAGCAUUCGUGAUUGGCGCCGAACAAGAGGCAGCGCGACAUUGGCGGACUCGUUGCCUGCACUGCACGUGCACUCUAGACUCGCAUGUUCGGAACGAAAAUAAUUUCCCGAGAUGGAAAAAAAAUGCAGCGUCCACGAGAAAGUAUUGCGCAGGUUUUUGUAGUCGGAAUAUUCAUAUAUAAUGUAAGCAUUGUCAAUCAUUUACUGAAAUCCCAUGUCAGACCUACUGGUACUGGCACAUUCAUGUGAUAUGGUUUAUAAAUCUUGUGAUCAGUCUUCAAUGCUGAGUAAAAUGCUACUUGCUAUUGCUAAACAUGUUCCAAUGAUUGCAUCAUGGCUGAUUGCUGCUGCCACUGGCACAUUUACCUAGUGUAGUGUUUUCACACUGCGGGAAACGUGCUCAUUGAUAGAUAAAAUCAAACGCUCAAGAGGAAUCUAUUUGGCAGUGGUACAAUACCCCCCAUCGACGCGCGGUAUCGUUUCAUGUAAGGUAGUGGAUCUGGUGGCAAUGUGACGAUGGUCACGGCAUUAUCGAGGAAAAGUCGCUGGUCAUGAGAUGCGGCUUAUAGCUUUGUUGACGAUUUCGUUAUCUUUGACGUGCAUGAAAAUUCUAUUUUUCUUUCUAGUUCAAUUGGUACCUUGGUUAGCAACGCACACGUUGCAUAGUAUAUAGUGUACCCGUUUUCGUGCUACCAGAUUCACAGACUUGUCCAUAAAACUAUAGCAGCCUGGAAGUCAGGGACUUUUUCCUAUUGCCACAGAGAGCACAAUUAUAGAUGACCAUUUACUCGUGGAAUCUUGUCCGAUCUCCACACAAAGAAAAUUUAUAUAUAUGUAAGAUUUGCGGAUAUACGUCUAUGCGUAUCUGUAUAUAAACGAGGUUGGUGGUAUAUCCUGCAUAUCCUAUUCAACAGAGGUGCUCCUGGUGUGUCCUGGAUACGAUUUGAAUGUAUUUCUCAACUCUCCAGGCUGCUUGUUUCUCACUGUAUGAAUGAUGUGUGUGUGUGUGAAUGUGGAGAGAGAGAAAGGAAAUAUUGCUUCGUUUUUGUUACCGUAUUACUACGAUAUAAUUAUAAUCGAUUAAUUCACGCAGUUGGCGAGCGAUGCUGAGGCGCCCGACAUUUCGUGAUGUGUAGAGAAUGGUUAACCGCUGCGAGAUAGAAGACGUACGGCUACCGCACUUCUGUGCUGAUGCUGCGUGCAGCUCACAUGCUUCAAAGUACCUCUUAUCUUGCGUCAUGGUGUAGAAACGUGUUAUAUUAGCCAAUGAUAGUGAAGCCCACAAGGAAACGAGCGGGGGUUGUUUUGGCCUCCUAGAAAGUUCUUCUAUCUAUAAAAGAAUCACCAUCAUCAGUCUCUCUCUCUCUCUCUCUCUCUGUUUCUUGCUCUGUCUGUUUUUUGUUAGAUAGUAACCUCCACACUUCGCUCCGCAGCCGAAUGAGGCGUGUACAUACGGGGCAGGAAGCACUGUGUGAAUUCGAUAUCGCAAAUCAUGUCUAUUUUGUAUAAUAUCUUUUAGCGAGAGCCGCAUCGGCGAGGACUGGUAUAUACAGAGAGGCAAAGCAGCGACGUGCGAGACGCAGAUAGCGCCAGGUUCCCGCCCAGCGUAGCUAGCUGCCGGUGUGUCCGCGGGACUGUAAAGCAUCUCUCAUGCAGUCCUCGCGUCUCGUGUGCUGAAACCCGCCCGCGGCUCGUUGCUGUGGUUACGCUUGUCAUCGGGCGAGCAUCGUGACAAGGUUGUUUUGGUGGUGACGAUGAUGAUUAUGAUGAUGAUGAUGAUGAUGAUCACCAUCCUCAUCGUCGUCAUCGUCGCCGCUGUCCGGUGAUCGGUAGGAUUCUUGUGAUACGGGUGCAAGCAGCUGCAGGGUGUGUGCCUCCCGCCCUCCCUCCCUCCCUCCCUCCCCCCGCCCCGCACGUGUUACCGGUGCGGUCGGUGUGCAGUGUUCUUACUCAUGGGGAGGCUGUGGUGGGAGCGAAGGCGUUUAGUUGAGUGCUCGCCGGGGUUAGUGCGCGCCUCUAUACACGUAACCCGAGUGAACGUGUCGAUCUGCUUCCGAAACAGUUUCUAGACACGAUUUCUGGCAGUCGAGAUUAGACGUAUUUUUGGCAGGUAGGAUUGAUUCUUUGUACGUGAUUUGUUUUUUCCGUAUGUGACGUAUAUAUAUAUAUAGCUUGAACGAAGCUGUUAUCAUAUAUGUCAGCAACCUUGUCAGUAGUACGAAAAAAAUCUUGGUCAUUGUCUUAUUCCGUUGGUUAAUAAAUCCAUUACCGAUUAA